CACGUUACACAAUUCCGCAUAUUAGUAGGCUAUAAAUAAGUGCCUUGUUACAAUAGGUUUUGCCUACAGUAGCAAAUCUGGUCAAUGCAGGCCAGUUUAGCUACUGUUGCUGAAAUAUAGCUAAUUAUGAUUUGGAAAUGUAUGGAUAGGCGAAGUUAUCUAGUCUAAGUGGAUCUUGGUCUGCAAUGAGAACAAUAGUAACUGUAACAUGUUUCAGAUAAUGUACUUUACAUUACUGACAAUGUUAAACCUAAAAAUUGUUCAGUCAAAAUAUAGACUUGUUUACCACACAAUUUUAGUACGGCAUUAACUAGCUAGUAGCAUACUGCCUGGAAAUAUUAUCUAGCUUGUUCAGCUAACAAAAGCCUAUCUUGUGUUCCAUUCAGUAGUUGGCCUACCAAAAAUGAGCUUGAUGACUGCAUAGAGACUAGGCGUUGGCCAGCUACCCAUUAUAACGUUAACUUCUCCGUCCUGAAACAGUUUUUCUGAAGCAAGCAAGAAAUUUGGGAAAAUAUGGACGUCCACAGCUGCACUGGUAUCGGUGAUUAUGAAAUAUUGGUUGAAAUCGGAGAGGGCGCCUAUGGCAAAGUGUACAAAGCCAGAGAGACGAAGGACAAGCAACGCCUCGUCGCACUGAAGAAGCUGAAUAUACCAAACGACCCGGAGAGCGGCAUACCUGCGUUCAUGAUCCGGGAGGUGGCGCUGUUGCGAAAAACUGAGUGCUUCAACCACCCAAAUAUUGUGAAGUUACUAAACGUAUCGGCCGGACUACGGAAUCGAACCUUGGACUUAACGUUGGUUUUUGAGUACAUCGAUCAAGACUUGACAACGUUCCUUGCGUCAGCCCCACCGAGCGGAUUGAGUCUGGAAAAAAUUAAAGAUAUGAUGCGUCAGCUGUUGACCGGGCUGGAUUUUCUCCACACCAACAUGCUGGUGCACCGCGACCUGAAGCCGGACAACGUGCUGGUCAGCAGCCGAGGGGAGGUGAAGAUCGCCGAUUUUGGGCUGGCCCGAAUCUACAGCCAUCAGAUAGCUCUCACGCCCUGUGUGGCGACGCUGUGGUACAGGGCCCCAGAGGUGCUCCUGCACUCUGUGUACAUGCCCUCUGUGGACAUGUGGAGCGCAGGCUGCAUCUUCGCUGAGCUCUUCCUCCUCAGGCCCUUGUUCCGCGAGUUCUCCGAGGCGCGGCUGCUGCAGAAUAUCUUUGAUGUCUGGCGUUCAACCCCGCCAAGCGGAUCUCGGCCUCCAGGGCGCUGGCCCACUCUUUCCUGACUGGACCCUGAAGGGGGGCGGAGCCUGAGGCGGAAAUCUGGGGGUGCGGUGCCCCGGUCUGGGCCAAGCUCUACAGAAUAAGUUUUUCUGCUGAAAUUGAACUUUGAUUUCCCAGCUGACUGAAUACCCAUUAUUGAGCAGGUGCUGAUUUUCCCAGUUCCUUUGGAUUCCUUGUGUCGUAAGGUGCAUCUUAUAAUGUGAAAUGAGAGAGCCCGGAACCGCACGGCGAAAAUAGCGGUAUCCUGGGAGAGGAACAGCUGACUGAGUCUGAGCCAUCAUGCAUAACAAAUGCUCAGUGUUCAUUUCCUUCUCAUUUGUAGAAUUUGUAGUUCUUUGUAGUUCUUGACAUCUGAAAGAAAAUUAUUCAAAUUGCACCAAGCUCCCCCCGUCCCCCCACCCCCACUUGCAGAUAUUCAUACAGUAACGAUGCGCUGCUUUAAGAUAUCACCUCAGGUAUUAUUAACGAAUGAUACCAGACGGAUGGACAUUGUAAUAAUGACGUCAAAUUCCACGCUGCUGCAGGUUGUGACCAUUACAAAAUAUUCAUGAAAUUAAUGUUUUUUAUUCACCAGCACAUUGUGUUUUGAGUGCAUGGUGUGUGUUUGUGGUGACUGCUAAGGGGUUUGUACUGUUCAUAUCUGUCUUGUAUUGUUGUUGGAUGGGCUUUUAAUAAAAGGAGAAAUAAAACAAAAAAUAAGUUUUUACAA